AUGCGAAGGACUAUCGUCGAUCAUCUGAUCGAAUAUUAUGAUGGGGAACUUGAGGCGACAUAUCGACGAGAAAGACCGGGUGGAUGGAAGUGGUUGUAUAAGAGAAUUUUGGGCAGCUUCCAUAUUAACAAGUACGGGAAUGGCACGAACGAUUUCUGUUUUCAUGCAAUCCGACAUAACUUCGGCAACGCGGAGGCAAGAUUUUAG